GAAAACCGGUUUGAAUCCCGCAUGCCUCCACGUGAUAUAUAAAUAUAUUCAUUGUAUAUCUUUUAGAAACAUCUUGUUUUUUCGUUUUCGAUACUUCGUGUGAAUAUAAAUUAGUCAUAACUGGUAAUAGCUGGUGAGAAAAUCAAAAAGAAAAAUUAUACGUUGUAAAGAAGAUUGGAAAUUACAAAGAUUUCCCGUCAUUUAUACAAAAGCAUUCAAAAUGAAUGUUUUUCUUUUUUGCUAACGAAUACUCUUUGCUACUUUGGCAAACGGCAUUGAAAUUAGCGCUUUAAUGAUGCGCGAUGAUAUUUCGAGUUAGCAGAAAGAAGUAUUCUCGAGAUUAAAUGCAAAAUCCGAAUUUCUCGAGAAAAAAACUGCGCUUUGAUUUUGUGAACUUUUUCUCUUGCAUAUUUAAACGAUAUUUGAGAACAAAAACGGAUCUUCCUUAAGCCAAAUACUUAACAAACACUUAAAAUGAAAAACAAUAACAAUUCAAUAGACAGCGAACAAAGGUUGGAAGGUUACGUGAAUCAUGGCUUAAGCGAAUCUACCAACAAUGUGGAUCUCAUUCAUUCGUACCAAUCUUUUCACAAUUCGCACGGAAACCAUCGAGACAUACAGGGUUCUUCGGAUUUUAUCUUGAUCGAAGAAUCAGGAGAUGAUGAGGUCAAGCAGAAGGAAGGUCUUUUAAAAUCGGCGUUACAAUAUACAAGGCGGCGUGCCAGGGCCAUAUGUAAGAAGAAAACCCUUUACAAAAGAUUACCGGUUUUGAGCUGGAUACCAAGAUAUAACAGUCAAGAUGCGCUCGGAGAUCUAGUGGCCGGAAUUACCGUGGGUCUUACCGUUAUUCCUCAGUCACUAGCAUAUUCGAACGUCGCCGGUUUACCGCCACAGUACGGCUUGUAUGGUAGCUUUCUGGGUUGUUUCAUUUACGUAAUUUUUGGAUCUUGCAAAGACAUACCGAUGGGACCUACUGCCAUAAUUUCUUUACUGACUUAUCAAACGAUAUCUCAUUUGGAGUCUCCGAUACAACAUGCGAUUUUGUUGAGCUUCAUAGCUGGAAUUGUAGAACUAAUAAUGGGUAUAUUUGGUCUCGGAUUUCUGAUAAAUUUCGUCUCCGGGCCAGUAAGUUCCGGAUUCACGUCGGCGGUGGCUUUGAUAAUCGUCACGUCGCAAAUCAAAGACAUCCUUGGCAUUCCUGCCAAAGGAGCUCAAUUUAUCGAAAUGUGGCAGAAUAUUGGUGGAUUAAUACACGAGACAUCAGCGUGGGAUGCUACUCUUGGAGCAUCUUGCAUAGCGUUGCUAUUAAUUCUGAGGUUAUUAGCCGCAUGCAAAAUUGGUCCAGACAAGGAAGAACUUCGUUCUACAAAACAUCGCAUCGUGAAUAAAGUCUUAUGGUUAAUCGGCACUUCACGAAAUGCAUUUUUAGUGAUACUUUGUGGUGUAUUAGGUUGGAGCUUCCAGGACAACUCGCCUUUCAAAUUGAUUGGUUACAUACCGGGAGGCAUGCCUGCUGUACAAAUCCCACCAUUUGGAUACAUUAAGGAUAGCAAUACGACGCUUACGUUUAUCGAUAUGAUCGGUAAUUUAGGCAGUGGUAUUCUCGUUAUACCGCUCAUCUCUCUAAUGGAGGAUAUCGCUAUUUGUAAAGCUUUUGCUAACGGAAAAGCAGUAGACGCUACGCAAGAAUUGAUAGCAAUCGGUAUGUCGAACAUUGGAAAUUCCUUUAUGCAAGCUUUUCCAGGUUCGGGAUCUCUCAGUAGAAGCGCAGUAAACAACGCUUCUGGUGUCAGGACACCAUUAGGCGGUGUUUAUACUGGUGUGCUAGUAAUUUUAUCUUUGCUGUUCCUUACCCCAUACUUUAGUUUCAUUCCACGUGCCACUUUAGCGGCGAUCAUUAUAGCCGCAGUCAUCUUCAUGGUUGAAGUCAAAGUCGUAAAACCGAUGUGGAGGACGAAGAAAUCAGAUCUCAUCCCGGGUGUGGGCACGUUCAUCGCGUGUUUGGUGUUGCAACUAGAAAUAGGAAUUCUCUGCGGUGUUGGAUUAAAUAUUCUAUUUAUCUUAUAUCAUGCCGCAAGACCGAAAAUAACUGUGGAGAAACUCAAGACUCUUCAUGGCAUCGAGUACUUAAUGUUGACACCGGAUCGUUGCCUGAUCUUCCCAUCAGUGGACUAUGUGCGUAAUUUAGUGAACAAAUACAGCCGACGCGCCGGAAGCGUCGCGACGCCUGUAGUGAUCGACUGUUCGUACAUUUACGGUGCGGACUUUACGGCUGCCACUGUCAUCGAGACUUUGACAAAAGACUUCGCCUCGAGGGGCCAGCCGCUCUUCUUCUACAAUCUGAAGCCGUCGGUAUACGCCGUCUUCGAGGGCAUCGAACCCACGGACUUCAACGUUUAUUAUACUCAGGAAACAUUAGACGAUUUGCUGAAGAAGAAGGGCUAUACGAAGCAAAUUAAAUAGAAACGAUAUGGGGCAUUGCGAUGGUUAAAAAUUAUCGAUACCUUCACAUUUUUGGAACUAUUUCUCAAUAUGAUUUGAAUCAGCAACAAUCGAUUAUUGAGAAUUUGAGAGAAUUGCAGAGAGAUAUUUUGAUUAGACUUCGAAGUGGCUGAUAUGAUAAUUUCGCCAAUGAAGCUAUAAAGCAAUUAUAUAUUGAUAUAUCAUUGCUUGGUAUUUCUUGCGUACAAAAAUUUAUUGUGGGAUUUGGUGAUUUCUGCAAUUUAAAAAAAUAUUUUAUUUAUUUUCAAAGAUACACGUAAUGUUCAGCGAUAAAGAAAGUAUUAAAAUAAAAAAUAGGCACAUAAAAAAUAUCCUCGAUUUAUAUUCAAUUUACGUUUAAAAGGAAAAACGUAACUCAUCAUGCAUAUUUUAACGAAAAGACACAAAGCAGUUUUGAUUUGCACCUACAAAAUGAAAUUAGAAAUCGAAGAAAGAUAGAGAAACUAUUGUUGCAUAUCUCGAAUGUAUCUAUAUUUCGAGACAUUAUACACUUCGCGAAAAGAGAGAUACUGUUAGAAUAGUUUGGAAAUAUGCUAUGUGAGAGAUAUGAAACAAGAAAACAGAGAGACCGUUUAAGGAAAAAAUUAAAACGCGCAUCCUAAAGGAUGUCCUUAGACGUCUUUAUAAUAUCUCAUAAAUUUUGUUAUCAUCUUAAAAUAUUUAUUUAACUUGCAAUGAAGCAAAGAUAUAUGUCUGUGUAACGUUCUCAUCGCUCCUUAGCAUUUUCAACAUAUUUAACCCUUUAACUACGGCUGUCAAUAGAACGACGAAUAGGAAUGCAUAUCCGUAGUUAAAAGGUUAAAUAAGUAUUAAAGUAUUUAUUUAAAAUAGUGCAUAAAAGAAAUAUAUGCAUUGCAUUGUACAUCUUUAUACAUUUACUACUUCAUGCAAAAUAACACUUUUCGUGUUCUGGAAAUACAUGUACAUAUAUAUAAUAAGUUCAAACAACUACUGUGAUAAUUUUAUAAAUAAUGUCCAGUGUAUAUAAUCGACGAAAGAUAUUCGUCUUCCGGCGGAACCGUAACUUCCUCCGUGAUAAAUAUAGCAGAUUUCUCCUAAAUUUUUAAAAUAAUCUUAUUUCGAUCGAUAUAUGAUUCACAAGUAUAUUGAUGUUAAACUUUAUUGUAAUUUAA